AAGUAGAUAUGGGAAAACUUAAGAGAAGUAAGAAGAAUAAUAGAUCGAGAUUAAAUCCCAUUGGCUCGAAACCAAAAGCUGGUAAGAGCACUGGAGAUGAUUCUAAAAAGGAUGAAUCCACUAGACAAUCUAAGAUCUUACCUUUAUUAAAUAAAUUGCAGUCAACAAUUCCUAAUGAUAGAACUAUGGCUUUAGGAGCAAUCACUAUUUUAUGUGAAGAUGAACGUAUGAGAAAAUUAUUAUUAAAAGAAAAAUUAAUUAGUAUAAUUAUGGAACAAUGUUUAAAUGAUUCAAAUGAUGAAAUAGUGGUUGAAUCAUUUGGAUUAUUAAGAAAUUUAGGAAUUGAAGAAGGUUAUGAUGUUCUUAAAUAUUAUUGGAGAUCAGGAAUAUGGACAAGUAUUGAAGCUUCUUUAGGAAAAAUUGAAAAAUCAUUUGAAUAUUUAAUUGAGAACCCUCAUAAUGCAGCUAAUAAAAAGCAUCAUGAUAAAUCAAAGAUUCAAUUAUUAUAUGACUUUACUGAAAAUAUAUUAUCUUUAAUUGUAGCUUUAAGUGAUGGUUCAGAAGAUUUAUCGGAAGCUGUAUUUGAAAAAAUCGAUCCUGUUUCUAAAUUAGUUAUUAAAUUAUUAACUCAAACUCAAUUCAAGUUUUCAAUUGCAAUGUAUAAUGCUUUAUUGGAAUUCAUAUAUGACUUAUCAACUGAAUCUAUAGAUUUUAUUCAACAAAUUAAUAAUAUUCCAGAAUUUAAUUUGGAUUCAAUUUCUCAAUUCCUUGAAAAGAAUGGUUCAUUUAAUAGAUUAACAAAAGUAUAUUUAAUUGGUAUCAAAUUUAAUUUACUUGAAGUUAUUGGUCAACCAACUAAUAAAAAACAUGAAUUAAGUCAAGAAUUAUUAUCUACUAUAUUUAAUUUGAUUGUUGGUAUAGACAUUGAAGAUUUAAAAACAAAAUUAAAAACAAUUCAAGAACCAGAUAAUUCUCAACCAAUCCAAAAGGGUGAUGGUAAUAUUAUAGAAACUGAUUUAAGUAAAGAUCAAGAUUUGAAAAAACAAUUAAAAGUAGACUUAUCAUCAUUAGAAGUAUCUCUUGAUUUAGUAACAUCUAUUAUUGAAUAUUUAUCAAUUAAUGAAGAAAAUAUUGAAGAACAAAUUCAUUUAUCUCAUGGUUUAAUUGAAAUAUUACUUGAUAAAAUAUAUCCAAGUAUAAUAGAAUUAAUUAAAUUUGAAUUAACUAAUGAUUUUAUUUUAUCAUUUAUUGAGAAAUUAUUAGUUAGUCUCAAUAAUUUAUCAUGGUUAAUGCUUAGUAAUGAAGAAUUACCGGUUGAAUGGUAUGAAAAGAGUUUACAAUUAUGGGACAUUGCUAGUGCAGUUAGUUCUAAAGCUUCUGAUGUCAACUUACAAAAGAAUUGUUUAAAUGUAUUUUGGAGUGUAAGUAAGGCACUUGGACCACAAGUGCAAACUAAAAUUCAAGACGGUAUGAUUGAUGAAUUAUUAACAAAAGGAGAAUUAAUAAUAACAAAGAAAGAUGAAAGUACUAAUGAAGAUUGGGAAUUUUUACUAGCAACUGUUGGUCUACUUGGUAAUUUGGCUCCAGUAAUUGGCAAUUCUGAGAAAACAUUUAAAAUUUCUGAAUUCUUAUUGGGUAGUACAGAAUUAUUCAUAGGCGGAGAAUAUAAGAGUGCUACCAAUCAAGGUAUAAUUAUUGACAUUGUCAAUGAAAGUAUUAAUUUAAUUUUUGAUAUAUUUGGAGAUAAAGAUUAUGAUUACGAUAAUGAAAUUUUUGUUCAAAAGAAUUAUCUUGCAAGAUUGAAAAUUAUCGAACAGAAAUUCAGAGAAUUCACUAAAAAGGUAGAUAAAAAUAAGUAUCCUACAUUAAAAGUCAAAGGAAAUGAGACAUUGAUGAAUCUUGGAAGAUUUAUUCAAUACAAGGCUAGCGAAUAAAAUAUUUAACGUUAUCAAGGGGAAUUUACUUCCAAAAAUAUCUCUGAAAACUCUGCAUAAUCUCUAAAAUAGAAUAGUUAUUUAGACAUCAAUCGAUGAGAUACCAUGUCAACAUUUUAAUAUAUUAAUUUUAGUUAAUUUAACGCAUUAAUUAAAAAUAAAAACAAAUGUACAAAGCAAUGUAAAUUAUUAAUAGAAAUUUUUGCAGCUGGCUUUUAAUGUAAACAUUCGCUUUGUUUUUCCCAAAAAGGUAUGCGCA